UCCUCUAUUAACUAUUCAUCUUUUUAAAUUGUAAUAAACCUUUUUUAAAAACCGAAAAAAUAAAAAUAAAAGACUUUACCUGAGAAUCAGGUUCAGGAUGGCCUCAAGGAGCCUCUCCUACACACAACUCCUUGGCCUCCUGUCCUUUAUCCUCCUCUUGUUCACAACCUCCUCAACCGCGGUUCGUGUUGGAGUCAUUCUCCAUAAGCCCUCUGCUCCAACCCUCCCUGUAUUCAGAGAAGCCCCAGCUUUCAGAAACGGUGAUCAAUGUGAGGCUGAUAAGAUUCAUAUAGCCAUGACUCUCGACACAAACUACCUCCGUGGAACAAUGGCUGCUGUCUUGUCUCUCCUACAACAUUCAACUUGUCCUGAAAACCUCUCUUUUCAUUUCCUCUCCCUUCCUCAUUUCGAAAACGACCUAUUCUCCAGCAUCAAAUCCACCUUCCCUUACCUAAACUUCAAGAUUUAUACGUUCGAUCCAAACCUAGUCCGCAGCAAAAUCUCCAAGUCCAUCAGACAAGCACUUGACCAACCCUUAAACUACGCGAGAAUCUACCUUGCGGAUAUCAUUCCUACCAGCGUCGACCGGAUCAUAUACCUAGACUCUGACCUCGUCGUGGUCGACGACAUAGAGAAGCUAUGGCAUGUAGAGAUGGAAGGUAAAGUCGUGGCAGCUCCGGAGUACUGCCACGCGAACUUCACCUACUAUUUCACAAAAACUUUCUGGUCGGACCCGGAACUAGUCAAAGUACUUGAAGGAAAACGCCCGUGUUAUUUCAACACGGGCGUUAUGGUCGUGGACGUUGGUAAAUGGAGGAGAGGGAUGUACACACAGAAGGUAGAAGAGUGGAUGACGGUACAGAAGCAGAAGAGGAUAUACCAUUUGGGAUCAUUGCCUCCGUUCUUGCUGAUAUUCGCGGGGGAUAUAAAAGCUGUUGAUCACCGGUGGAACCAGCAUGGUCUAGGAGGUGAUAAUUUUGAAGGGAAAUGUAGAACGUUGCAUCCAGGUCCGAUAAGUCUUCUUCAUUGGAGUGGGAAAGGGAAGCCAUGGUUGAGAUUAGAUUCGAGAAAGCCUUGUAUUGUUGAUCAUCUUUGGGCUCCGUAUGAUCUGUACCGUUCAUCAAGACAUUCAUUAGAAGAGUAGAGGCAAAAAAGAACAUAAGAAGAUGGCACAUAUAUACACUAGGAGAUGGAGACGAUCCAUGCAUGGAGCGAUCGAAGAGAGCCAAAAAAAACAAGUGUAGCAAAAAAAAAAGAGAAACCAAGAGAGAAAGAUUUUGUAACACAAACUCUUAACGUAAACAAGACGUUGUGCAUUGAGCUUUGGUAGUGGGAUGGUAUAUCAUGCAGAUGGACUUUUUUUUUCUCCUUCGUUUCAUGUUUGUUUUGUUCUACCUCUCUUUGCUUCGACGUGUAAUAUUGUAUAUAGGGUAGUAUUACUGCGAAACUGGAGGAUUGAAUUCAUUUCUCUAGAGAUCUGAUUCUGUUAGAAUCCGUUACGGGUUGUUCAUAUAUAAUGUCUCUCCUUCUCAAACCCUAGUUGAGGUACAGAAGAAAUUUUACCCCAGG